AUGGAGGACGAUGGACAGCAUUUGAAAAACUCAACCCGAAGACCAUCUUCUCCUGGAGUUUUGUUGGCCUUAAAUUUAUGGAUAACUGAAAUUAUUUCUUCUUUUGUAGGCUCGCAACUGCAAACGUAUCCUUCGGCAAACGUAUUAGCUAUAUCAGGGGCAACAGAUGGCGCUUCAUGACAAUUGGACAGUUGCUUCCGAUACCCAACUAGCGCACUUCUUACUAAAGUUAAAUUGGCGAAAGUUCAACGGUAUAAUAGAAUUUUGAAGCAGCGAAAAGUUAGAAAAGGAAUUAUUCGUGAAUUUGAACUCAAAACAGAUGAGAAAUGGUCGACAAUAGCAUAUAAUCAAAAAUAUAAUGGUGUUAUGCGGAAGAAUCACCGCCUUGGCUCAUUAAUAAAUAAAGCUCAUCAAGUUGUUAGACGCAGAGAACUUAUGCGAUUACUUAAUAUUAUCACAAGAUUACAAAAAUUGCCAUCUAAUGAAAUGAGAAAACGAAAGCGCCGAAGCAUAAAGUGUAAUGUAUCAUAUCGAAAAGCCAAUUUACGUUGGAAUCGGUUUAAGCGAUGGUCUAUGCGACAGAAUACUAGCGAAAUACCAGAAUCAGAAGAAUCAGGCUCGAGAGAUAAUUGCUGA